AUGGAGGUACUUAUGGCAGAACGGGCCGAUCUAGUCUUUCACAAUAACGUGAUAGGUGGAACUGCCAUUAAACGACUUAUUAGCAGAUUAAUAGAUCAUUUCGGAAUGGCAUAUACAUCACACAUCCUAGAUCAAGUAAAGACUCUAGGAUUCCAUCAAGCUACUGCUACAUCUAUUUCAUUAGGAAUUGAUGAUCUUUUAACAAUACCUUCAAAAGGAUGGCUAGUCCAAGAUGCUGAACAACAAAGUUCCAUUUUGGAAAAACAUAAUCAUUAUGGAAAUGUCCAUGCGGUAGAAAAAUUACGCCAAUCCAUUGAAAUAUGGUAUGCUACAAGCGAAUAUUUGCGACAACAAAUGAAUUCCAAUUUUAGGAUGACUGACCCCUUUAAUCCAGUCCAUAUCAUGUCUUUUUCAGGAGCUAGAGGAAAUGCAUCUCAAGUGCACCAAUUAGUCGGAAUGAGAGGAUUAAUGUCAGAUCCACAAGGACAAAUGAUUGAUUUACCCAUUCAAAGCAAUUUACGUGAAGGACUGUCUUUAACAGAAUAUAUAAUUUCUUGCUACGGAGCCCGUAAAGGGGUUGUAGAUACUGCUGUACGAACAUCAGAUGCUGGAUAUCUUACACGUCGACUUGUUGAAGUGGUUCAACACAUUGUUGUACGGCGAACAGAUUGCGGUACCAUCCGUGGGAUUUAUGUAAACACCCGAAAUGGAAUGAUGCCAGAAAGAAUUUUGAUACAAACAUUAAUUGGUCGUGUAGUAGCAGACGAUAUAUAUAUAGGUUCACGGUGCAUUGUCGUUAGAAAUCAAGAUAUUGGAAUUGGACUUAUCAAUCGAUUCAUAACUUUUCAAACACAACCAAUAUUUAUUCGAACCCCCUUUACCUGUAGGAAUACGUCUUGGAUCUGCCGAUUGUGUUAUGGGCGGAGUCCUAUUCAUGGGGACCUGGUAGAAUUGGGAGAAGCUGUAGGGAUUAUUGCUGGUCAAUCUAUUGGAGAACCGGGAACUCAACUAACAUUAAGAACUUUUCAUACUGGUGGAGUAUUCACAGGGGGUACUGCUGAAUAUGUGCGAGCCCCCUCGAAUGGAAAAAUAAAAUUUAAUGAGGAUUUAGUUCACCCUACACGGACACGUCAUGGAUAUCCUGCUUUUAUAUGUAAUAUAGACUUCUAUGUAACUAUUGAAAGUGACGAUAUUAUACAUAACGUCAUUAUUCCACCAAAAAGUUUUCUAUUAGUUCAAAAUAAUCAAUAUGUAAAAUCAGAACAAGUGAUUGCGGAGAUCCGCGCGGGAACAUCUACUUUAAAUUUGAAAGAGAGGGUUCAAAAACAUAUUUAUUCUGACUCAGAAGGGGAAAUGCAUUGGAGUACCGAUGUGUACCAUACAUCACAAUUUAUAUAUAGUAAUGUACAUAUCUUACCAAAAACAAGUCAUUUAUGGAUAUUGUCAGGAAAGUCGUGCAGGUCUAAUACAAUCCAUUUUUUACUUCGCAAGGAUCAAGAUCAAGUUACCAUGGAUUCACUUUCUAAUGGAAAAACAAAUAUUUCGAAUCUUUUAGAAAGGAAUGAUCAAGUAAAACAUAAAUUCAAUACUUUUGGUACAAAAGAAAAGUGGAUUAGCGAUUCUUCAAUAUUGAAUCAAAUCAUAUGUACAGAUCAUUCUGAUUUAAUGUAUCCUGCUAUUUUGAACGAUACUUUUUAUUUCUUGGCGAAAAGGCGAAGAAAUAGAUUUCUUAUUCCAUUUCCAUUCCAAUCGAUUCAAGAACGAAAGAACGAACUAAUGUCCCCUUCCGGUGUCUCCAUUGAAAUACCUAUCAAUGGUAUUUUUCAUGAAAAUAGUAUUUUUGCUUAUUUCAAUGAUCCUCAAUACAUAAGACAGAGUUCAGGAAUUACUAAAUAUACAACUAUAGGAAUUCAUUCUAUUUUUCAAAAAGAAGAUUUCAGUGAGUAUCAAGGAAUCGAAGAAGUAAAGCCAAAAUACCAAAUUCAAGUAGAUAAAUUUUUUUUUAUUCCCGAAGAAGUGCAUAUUUUACCCGAAUCUUCUUCCCUAAUGGUACGGAAUAAUAGUCUUGUUGGAAUAGGAACACCAAUCACUUUCAAUAUAAGAAGUCGAGUAGGCGGAUUGGUCCGAUUAGAAAAGAAAAAAAAAAUAGAAUUAAAAAUAUUUUCUGGAAAUAUCCAUUUUCCCGGAGAGAUGGAUAAGAUAUCCCGACACAGUGCCAUCUUGAGACCGCCCGGAACGGUAAAAAAAAAAUGCAAGGAAUCAAAAAAAUUUAAAAAUUGGAUUUAUGUCCAAUGGAUCGCAACUACCAAGAAAAAGUAUUUUGUUUUGGUUCGACCUGUAAUUUUAUAUGAAAUACCGGACAGUAUCAAUUUUGUAAAACUUUUUCCCCAAGAUCUAUUCCAGGAAAAGGAUAAUCUGGAACUAAAAGUUGUCAAUUAUAUUCUUUAUGGAAAUGGAAAAUCCAUUCGGGGAAUUUCCGACACAAGGAUUCAAUUAGUUCGGACUUGUUUAGUCUUCAAUUGGGAUCACGGGAAAAAAAGUUCUUCUAUUGAGGAGGCCCCCGCUUCCUUUAUUGAAGUAAGUACAAAUGGUUUGAUUGAGUAUUUUCUAAGAAUUGACUUAGUCAAAUCUAAUACUUCAUAUAUUAGAAAAAGAAAUGACCCGUCUGGUUUAGGAUUGAUCAGGGAUAAUCAAUCGGAUCGAAUCAAUCCCUUUUUUUCUAUUCAUUCCAAGGGAAAAAUUCAACAAUCACUUAGCCAAAAUCACGGAACUAUUCCUAAAAUGAAAAAUGGACCACACCUAAAACUAAAAUCGGGUCAAGUUAUAACAGUUCAAAUGGAUUCUGUAAUAAUAAGAUUGGCUAAUCCUUAUUUGGCGACUCCAGAAGCAACCAUUCACGGCCAUUAUGGGGAGAUCCUUUCUCAAGGAGAUAUUUUAGUUACAUUCAUAUAUGAAAAAUCGAGAUCCGGUGAUAUAACACAAGGUCUUCCAAAAGUGGAACAGAUAUUAGAAAUACGUUCGAUUGAUUCAAUAUCCAUGAAUCUAGAAAAAAGAAUUGAUGCUUGGAACGAGUGUAUAACAAAAAUUCUCGGCAUGCCUUGGGGAUUCUUGAUUGGUGCUGAGCUAACUAUAGCGCAAAGUCGUAUUUCUUUGGUUAAUAAAAUCCAAAAGGUUUAUCGAUCCCAGGGAGUACAUAUCCAUAAUAGACAUAUCGAGAUUAUUGUGCGUCAAAUAACAUCCAAAGUCUUGGUUUCAGAAGAUGGAAUGUCUAAUGUAUUUUUACCUGGCGAACUAAUUGGAUUAUUGCGAGCAGAACGAAUGGGGCGUGCCUUGGAAGAACCCAUUUGUUACCGAGCUUUAUUAUUGGGAAUAACAAAAACAUCUCUGAAUACUCAAAGUUUCAUAUCUGAAGCGAGUUUUCAAGAAACUGCUAGAGUUUUAGCAAAAGCCGCUCUUCGGGGUCGUAUUGAUUGGUUGAAAGGUCUUAAAGAGAAUGUUGUUUUAGGGGGGAUGAUACCCGUUGGUACCGGAUUCAAAAGAAUAAUGCACCGUUCACGGUCAAGGCAACAUAACAAGAUUACCCGGAAAAAAAAAUUAUUCGAAGUAGAAAUUAGAAAUCUUUUGUUCCAUCACAGAAAAUUCUUUGAUUUUUAUCAUUUCAAAGAAUUUAUGUGA